AUGUCGAGCCCCGCCCUGCAGACGCGCUGCUAUCACGCAGUUGCGUAAUUUGACAAGCCAGCGCAAAAUAGGCAGAAUGAACGUUUGACAGCUGGCUCCCUGCUCGUACAGAUUGUUUCGAAACCAAAAAGAACAUAUGCUUAAUUUAUUGGUGAAAGAUUUCGGAUAGUCUCACAGUACCUCCUGCUUUUAUGGCCGCUGCCGUGAGGAAUAAUGUUUGGGUUGCUCCGGGGCAGGACGCGCAGUUUCUCCAUAAAACCCCCGCGCCACUGACAGCCGACGGGCUGAGAGGUGAAGAUCAUGGACAAGUGCUGUGCACCGCGAGGGAUGCCAUCCCGGGAACUUCCUCUUUCCAUGAUUAUAAUUUGGGUAAAUCAGAGAUGGACAGCUACUUGUCUCCGCACCAACAGGACAUUGUGAAUCCCAAAAUGCUGUGCAGGGACGGCGCUCUGAUGCUAGAGCCGCCUUUCACCGAGGACUUCGCCCCUCCAUACAGUGUCAACAUGAGCCUGCUCCUUCCUGACGUCACAUAUCUGCACCCCGGCCUCUGCAGGACUGUGAGACAGAUCAAAACAGAGCCUUCACACUCUCUGAUGCACCCCACCUGUCAGGGCAACAACGCCGUGCCGCCAACACUCCCAGAAUACCCGGGUGCUUUUAGCACCGCCGACGCGGCCAGCGGUAAAUUCUUCAUCAAACAGGAAGUGCCAGAUUUCCAGGACGUCCCACUGUUUCAGCUUUUGAACUCUGACUUGGAGCAGCUUGUUCACGGGUCGCAGCUGAACUCCAUCCCCAUGGCGCCGUUGAGUCUUCCCAUCGGGAACGUCCACGUAGGCUCAGCGCAGAAUUCUGCCAAACCCACAGGCGGUCCUCAGAACGAAUGUUUCCCAUUUAACCGGCACUUAGGCCAUCAGCAGAGACCCACCUAUUUGCCGCCCUCUCCGCCAAACUCCGAUCCCCCGAGUCCAGACAGGGGGAAGGAGCUCCUCCACAAUCUCUCUCCGCCUCCCUCCUACGAAGCCAGCAUCGCCUCGAAGAUAACUUUUCAGACCCACAAUCCCAUCGAUCCAGGACAGACUUCUAGUGUAGCUCCAAUCCAGAGCCCAGAUCAGAAUUCUAACGUUGGAUUAGUCCAAAGCCCAGGUCCUGCGCCAGUGCAGCGUUUAAGCCUGACACCAGUUCAGACGACGGCAGGUGUUGGCCCGCUGUCCCCGGUGUUAGCUCAGUCCGCCCCUGUUAAGUACAACAGACGGAAUAAUCCCGAUCUGGAGAGACGGCGGAUUCACCACUGUGAUGUUCCAGGGUGCAGGAAAGUAUACACCAAGUCCUCUCAUCUAAAAGCCCAUCUUCGGACCCACACAGGAGAGAAGCCGUACCACUGCUCCUGGGAGGGAUGUGAGUGGCGCUUCGCCCGCUCUGAUGAGCUGACUCGCCAUUUCAGGAAACACACCGGGGUGAAGCCUUUCCAGUGUGCCGUGUGUAACCGCUGUUUCUCCCGCUCCGAUCACCUGGCCCUGCACAUGAAGAGACACCAGAGCUAGAAGCCCCCUCUCUUGCAAAUUUAAUUUUCCAGCAAACGUGGACAAAGACCCGGCACUUACAUAUCAGCAACAAAUUAAAAAACUGUGGAUUAUUUCACACUCUCCCCAGUGGAGACAUUCUUAGCAGUGCUGGCCCACAAGUAAUUGUUUGUUUUAGUGUAAAAAGAUCAAAUAUUACUGUUGCCUUAUUUUAUUUCAGGCCCUAAUAUUGGGGAACAUUUGCAAAGAUGUCAGUCAGAAAUCAUUAGCCAAAUGUAAUAAUAAAAUUAAUACUCAGCCUUUAGUUUCAUUACAUUGUGUUGCACUUAAAAGUACACAAACAACUUCAAAUAUCAAUUAUUUUCAUUUUUUCCCAUUGUACAGUUAAUAUCAGCAGUGUGUCAAAUGUGUCACUUAUUUAAUUAACUUAAAUAUCAAACUGCCAUACUGUAAGAGCAGAUAUAGUGUUGCUCCCAACUGGAGCGUCAAAGGAAGUGUUGUUUUAACCAGCAGGUUGUAGGAUUGAUGGCACGUGCAUGUGUAAUAUAGGAAGUAACAGCAGUUUGUUAAAGUUGUGGAUUUAGGGAAAGACACAGUAGGAGAAAUAAAUCACGGGAUGAGCGCUGUUCACCGCGCUUACAGGGUGACUUUAACACUGCCAGAUUUAUGGGUUAAUUUGCCACAGAGGAUAACUCAAAACAAAAUCUAUAUUUACUCAUAAUACUGAAAUGAAAGGACGAUAAUGUGUAUGAGCUAUUAAUCAUAUUCAUUUGGACAGCGUUAUGAAUGUUCUGUAUCCAUGCCCCCCCUGUAUUGCAACAUAGAUAUCUUAAUUUCAGGAAAUGUUAAAUGUCUUUCAGGCAGGUGCAGAGAUUAAUCCAAACGUUGCAUUUUUUAGAUUAUUAUUAUCAUUUCAGAACGUCAAUGGACACUGCAACAUUUUAUUCAACUAUUGAAAAGUAUUAAAGGGUAACUUUGGUAUUUUUCAACCCUGAUAUCUCUUGCUUUGUGUCCAAGUGACUAAUGGAGCAACCACUUUGAAACUGGUCCAGUAUUGAGUAAGAGGGCUGCAGCUGCCAGCAGUGAAACAAGCUGCAGUGUAACAUUAGGGCAAUUGGGCACUGUUAACUUCCGUCAGUUUCCAGAUUGUUAUUAUAAGUGUCUGACAGCAUUGUGAGAAGGAUCCCUACAGAUUUAGAUGUGUUUGGUAAGGAGUAAGAUCCUUUUUGUUUGACUAGAAACAGCCCUCAAAUCGCUAUCACAAACGCACCAGACUCCAUUUAAAAAAACACUAAUUUUAUUACAGUAAGACACAUUUCUUUCAGAGUCGACAGAAACAAAAGAAAACUCAAAAGCCAUCUUGGUUCUUUUCUUCACUGCUCCAACAAUCACCAACUCUGGUUUGGCUGAAAUAAACACAUUUCAUGUGAUUAGAUGUGAAAAUAUGCUGACUCUACACAUGCUUAAAUUACUGUUUUUUAAAUGGAGUCUGGUUGGUUUGCCAGUAGUGAUUUCAGGGCUAUUUCUUGUUUCCAAAAAUAUGGAUUUUACUUUUUAACAAGAAGGUCUUUCUCUAUAGGGAUCUUUUCUGUAAAUUGUCGGACACUUAUAGUAACAAUCUGAGCCCAUCAGUGGCAAAAACAAGCACUUUUAGUGGACGUCAAUUGACAGUGCUCAGUUGCCCUUAGUGGUUAUAUUACAGCUUGUUUAGCGGCUGCGAUUUUCUCACUCCAUACUGGACCAGUUUCAAAAAUUGUUAUCCCUGUUAGUUACUUAGACACAAAAACGUGGGAAUAAAGGGUCCAGGUUGAAAAAUACAAAAAUUGCCCUUUAACUUGUUUUGACCAGCUUGUUUUGCCCGAUGUUAACUUUAGCGGCGCAGCAAUAUCUCAUUUUACACUAAGUAUGGUUAAAGACAAGUGCUCAAAUAAAAUUUACAGCAGCUUUGAGCACAUGACAUUUCAGCAGCAGGUCAGAGUUAUUUUCUUCUUGGCAAGUUUUUAUGAUGGACAAAUUCAGACGUUUUUCUUUUGGUUGCCAAUCACGGGUCAUAACUUUAUAACAGGAUUAUCAUAUUACUGAUGAUUUGUCUUCAUAAGUGGUUUCAAAGUGUUUUUUUUUUUGUUUGUUUGUUUUUGGACUCAGACUUGGCACCUGCCAGUCUGAACAUCUGUGUAAGCUUUUGGUUUCUUUGACUGCUAUCCAUGUUUUCAAACACCUUUUGAAAGUGCCUUUUACUGCUCUUUUUUGGACGAAUGAAAAGCAAAGCUGCCCCGUUGGGACAAUGUUCUUUUAUCAGGUACUCUACUUAAAUGAUUCUGUAUGUUGGCUGCCCUUCCUCAUUUCCUCACUAUAGCAAUCUCUAUUUAUGACCAACUUUCUUUCUAAUUUGAGUCGGGUUGAACAAAUUCUCUAUAAUUUGUUAAGAUGUAUAUAUUUUGUAUCUUCUGUUUAAGGAUACAAUCCACUGAUUGUUUUAAGGGUGUAUAAAGAUUUUUUUUUUAUUUACAAAGUUCAUUUUUAUUUUUUGAUUUUUGGGCAAAGUCUAAGAAGGAUCAAAUUAUAUACUGGAUACUGUCACGGUCUACACUGUCAUCACUCUCUGCAGCCACGACGACAGCAGCUCAGCAGAGUUUGUGCCAGUAAAUUAUUGCAAUACUUUUAAACUAGAUAUAUACACACGGAUAUUUUGACGUGAAAGGCGUAAUGAUAUUUUGUGUCAUAGCUUCAUAACGUGAAGAUGUAGCCACAAAUUGAUUUUAAGAAAUGUGUUAUGAAGCCAUGUGACCCCCACAGUGCAAAUAAAAGGUUUGUGUUGAAUAUUA